UACGUCAAACUUGUUGACUGUUGUGUGUUAUGACUUUAGAAGCAUCAAAAUUCGAGAAUAACUUUGUGAUUUGCAUAUUGAGUAUAAUUUGUUUUCGAAUCUGAAUAAUUUUCUGUGUCUAAUUAAUCUUAUUUGCCAAAAAUGAACAGGAUAUUUGGAAGAGGAAAACCUAAAACUCCAGGUCCCAGUAUAACAGACUGCAUAAGUAAUGUGGAUAGCCGAGCAGAUAAUAUUGAACAAAAGGUUCAAAAACUAGACGCGGAGCUAAGGAAAUACAAAGAUCAAAUGGCGAAAAUGCGAGAAGGGCCAGCAAAAAAUUCUGUGAAGCAAAAGGCAAUGAGAGUUUUAAAACAGAAAAAAAUGUACGAACAACAGAUCGAAAACCUCAGAGCUCAAUCAUUCAACAUGGAACAGGCAAACUAUGCAACACAAACAUUGAAAGAUACUCAUGCCACAAUCACAGCUAUGAAGGAUGGUGUCACAUCUAUGAAGAAAGAGUUCAAAAAGAUUAAUAUUGAUUCUAUUGAUGAUGUGAAUGAUGAACUGGCGGACAUGUUGGAGCAGGCUGAUGAAGUGCAGGAGGCGCUGGGCAGGCAGUAUGGCAUGCCGGAGAUUGAUGAUGAUGAGCUAGCAGCGGAGUUGGAUGCAUUGGGUGAUGAGAUAGCAUUAGACGACGACACGUCAUACCUCGACGAUGUGGUCAAGGCUCCCGCAGCACCAGACAAGGAGCCAGGUGCGGACAGCAUCAGAAAUAAGGAUGGCGUGCCAGUUGAUGAGUUCGGUUUGCCACAAGUGCCGAGUGCCGCUCAUGCUAAAUAGAUAGAUAUUUAUUGUCAAUAUUUCAUCAUUAUAUAUUAUAUAAUAUUAUUUUUUAAUAUAAUACUAUGUUCAUUUUUUACAAUUUCGAUAUUAAGUUUACAAAUUAAAAAUAUAAAUUGAAGAACACGCUACCAACAUAGAAUUAACUAAAUGGUCUCACUUAUACUGAAUAAAUAAUAUAUAAUUCAGGCAAUAGGAUUGCUAUAAUAUCAUCAUGACUAUAAUAUAUGAAUUAAAUCUGUUUAAAGGAGUCAGUUGCAUACAAACAUACAAGUGAAGCUAAUAUAAAAGCGUGUCGAAAAGAGAUUCAAAAGCUAUUGCACAUUUAUAAAUAUUUAUCAUUUAAAUAGUUUGUAAUAUUAAUUAUAAUAAAAAUAGCAGUUAUACUUGUUGCAAUGUUGCUUUAAUGUUUAUUUGUGAAAGUAAAUGUAUUGAAU